AUGGACGGGCCCCGCCGAGCCGGUCGGUGCGCGGCCCUGGCGCUGCUGGUCGCCUGCUGCCUGGCCCGCGGCGGCGGCGCCGAGCGGCAGUUCCUCAACGAGUGGGCGGCCGAGGUCCCGGCGGGCCCCGACGCCGCCAGAGCCAUCGCCGAGGAGCUGGACUACGACCUCGUGGGGCAGAUUGGGUCGCUUAAAAAUCACUACCUGUUCAGACAUAAGAGCCAUCCACGGCGGUCCCGGAGAAGUGCCAUUCACAUCACCAAGAGGCUUUCUGAUGAUGAGCGGGUGUCAUGGGCAGAGCAGCAGUAUGAAAAAAAGCGAACUAAGCGUGCGGCUGUGACAGACUCGGCAGUGAAUCUCUUCAAUGAUCCUAUGUGGAAUAAGCAGUGGUAUCUGCAAGAUACAAGAAUAACUCCAUCUCUUCCCAAACUGGAUCUCCACGUUAUUCCUGUGUGGCAAAAAGGGAUUACAGGCAAGGGUGUUGUCAUCACAGUAUUAGAUGAUGGAUUGGAGUGGAAUCACACUGACAUUUACUCCAACUAUGAUCCAAGGGCAAGUUAUGAUUUCAAUGACAAUGACCAUGAUCCAUUUCCUAGAUAUGACCCAACAAACGAAAACAAGCAUGGAACACGGUGUGCAGGAGAAAUUGCCAUGCAAGCCAACAACAGAAAAUGUGGAGUUGGAGUAGCCUACAAUGCUAAAGUUGGAGGUAUACGCAUGCUGGAUGGAAUAGUCACUGAUGCUAUUGAAGCCAGUUCAAUUGGUUUCAAUCCAGAACACGUGGAUAUUUACAGUGCAAGCUGGGGCCCAAAUGAUGACGGUAAAACUGUUGAGGGACCUGGGAGGCUGGCACAGAAAGCUUUUGAGUAUGGGAUAAAACAGGGCCGAAAUGGAAAAGGCUCCAUUUUUGUGUGGGCUUCUGGGAAUGGAGGUCGUCAGGGUGACAACUGUGACUGUGAUGGUUACACUGAUAGUAUCUACACUAUCUCCAUUAGCAGUGCUUCUCAGCAAGGCCUUUCUCCCUGGUAUGCAGAGAAGUGCUCUUCAACUCUGGCCACAGCAUACAGCAGUGGGGAUUAUACUGACCAAAGAAUUACAAGUGCUGAUCUUCACAAUGAAUGCACAGAGACUCACACUGGGACCUCUGCAUCUGCACCAUUGGCAGCAGGCAUUUUUGCUCUUGCUCUGGAAGUAAACCCAAAUCUAACAUGGAGGGAUAUGCAGCACUUGGUAGUGUGGACCUCAGAAUACGAUCCACUGGCUGUCAAUCCAGGAUGGAAGAAGAAUGGAGCAGGACUGAUGGUGAACAGCCGAUUUGGAUUUGGACUACUCAAUGCAAACGCAUUGGUGGAUUUAGCUGAUCCCAAAAGAUGGAAAGGUGUACCAGAAAAGAGAGAGUGUAUUGUCAAAGACAAAAGCUUUGAACCAAGGUUAUUAAGAGCAAAUGAGGAGGUCAUCAUUGAAAUUCCUACAAAAGCCUGUGAGGGUCAAGAGAACUCAAUCUCAUCGCUGGAACAUGUGCAGCUUGAAGCAACAAUUGAAUAUUCCCGGAGAGGAGACCUUCAUGUCACUCUGGUGUCUCCGUCAGGGACCAGCACUGUCUUACUGGCUGAGAGAGAGCGAGAUAAAUCUCCCAAUGGCUUUAAGAACUGGGAUUUCAUGUCUGUGCACACAUGGGGAGAGAAUCCAACAGGCAUUUGGGUGUUAAGAAUUACUGAUGUGUCCAAAAGAAUACAAAAUGAAGGAAGGAUUGUAAAUUGGAAAUUGAUUUUGCAUGGCACUGAUAUCCAGCCUGAACAUAUGAAACAACCACGUGUAUACACAUCUUACAAUGCUGUGCAAAAUGACAGAAGAGGAGUGGAGAAGAUGACAGACCUUGUUGAGGACCGUACCACACAGGAGAACUUGAGUGCAAAAAACAAAGGAACACAAGAUAUCAGUAGCAGCAGGAACAAAGCAGAAGAUAAGUUCCCAUCAGAAGCUAUGCUGCAUUUACUGCAAAGUGCUUUCAGCAGACAGAUAGCCCAGAAGCGACUGCCGAAGAAGACCGCAAGUGAGAAGUUAAGUAUUCCAUAUGAACACUUCUAUCAAGCCCUCGAAAAAUUAAACAAGCCCUCCCAGUUAAAAGACUCGGAAGAAAGUCUGUACAGUGACUAUGUUGAUCUCUUUUACAAUGCCAAACCAUACAAGCAUAGAGAUGACAGACUGCUGCAAGCCUUGGUUGAUAUUGUAAAUGAAGGAAACUAAACUAUGGCAUAUGACGCUGAGUUGGAAAUAUUCAUUCUCCCACCCCACCUCCAAUUUUUGGGUUUUUCUUCAGAACUCUAUUGUAUGCUCUAGUUGUGUGGUUGCUGCUUUGCUUCAUAUUUAACACAAACUUCAAGGAAGAAAAAAUGAAUGUGGGAGGAUAAGGCAGUAAGCCGAUGCUUUUUAGUAAUAGCUUUUUUCAAAGACUUUCUUCAUUACCAUCAGAGUAGAUUUGCCCCCUCAGGCAUGAAAUGCAGCAGUAUUCCCUUGAAAAUACUAAUGCUCUAUUUUAAACAUUUUCACGUUACUUAUUCUUACACCCUAUUCCCUUAGCCUGCAGUAGGAUUCAAAAUCUGAAUUGCCAAGCAGUUUUGAACGCAACUGCCAAAUCUAUGGGGAGAACUCUCAUCUCUGUAUUUGUAAUGAGUAGUGCAGUCUUUCUUAUAUUUGGCAUUUACUGUAGAUUUAACACCUGCAGCAAGUACCUCUUCCCUCAUAGUAUUUUUUUUUUUUUUCUGAACAACAAUGCACUCUUACCCUUCUGCUCUCCUGUAAAGGAGCAGUUGGGAAACUGGAAUUGAAUUGGAGCAUCUCUGAAGUUAUUAAUGGUUUAGACUAGAGACAGUCAUAUUCUAACAUAAAAGAGCUCCAAACAAUGCAUUCCAGACCAUGGGGAUUCUCACCACCUAACUUAAACUGCCUAAAUGAAGUGCCUGAAUUAUGAGCUUAGUUUUUCUAGGCUGUAUGUAGCUAAUGAAGACAGAUAGCACUUAAGAGCACUCGACCAGUUUUUGCACUGGUUCAGAAUUACAUAAUGUGGAGUACCUAUCUAUUUUUAUUGAUUAUGUGAACUUUGAAGAACCAACCUCCUGCCUUUGGAGCCUCUGUCAGAUUUCUAGAGUUAAGUAAUAUAAAUGCCUUCUGAGAUGUCUACGUCCGUAGCUGUCAGGACAACAAAGAUGGGAUCGUUUUGUCCCAUCCUUGACCUGUGACUGCAUCUUCAAGUGUCUGGUGAAUUGUAACACCUCCCAAGUUUCUAGGAAGUUAAGGCAAAAUUAAUGGAAGGAGGUGUAAUUAAAAAAAAAAAAAAAACACUCAGAAGAAGGGAGUCAUAAAUAGAGGGAGGGACAGAAUGGGAUGUGGAGGAGGGAGAGGAAAGGAAGAAGAAUGUGCAGAAGUGGGGAACAAAGUAGUAUCAGCAGCAAGGACAGGCUGCUGCUUACCUGCAGCAGUGAUAGGAAAAUAAGAAUGAAAAGAUAAAAGGAAAAUACGUAGUGGUGAGGCUCCUCUGGAGUAUAAUUACAAGUAGUGAAGGGAGAACUGGACUGGUCAAAAAGAUCUAUCACCCUAUCCAAAGUGGAAAAAAUCAUAUGUGCUGUCAUAUACAGUAGAAUGGUAUGAAUGGCAGCAUAUUAGACAAGUAGUUUUUCACAUAUACUUCUUUAAAAUCAGAAUAAAGAUUGAAAUAAUAUUUUGCUGUUCAUAAUUUAAAACAAAAUAAAAAAACAAAGAAAAAACAAAAAAAAACACCAACAAACAAUGCAGUGCUGGAUGCUCAGAAAUUGGGCAUGAUCUAAUACAAGGAAAUGAAAGCUUCUAGUGUCUAGUUGCAGUGCUAAAGAUAAUCCAAACAAGUGCUGACUAGGUUUUACUUUUUUCUCUCUGUCAUCUGCUGUAGAAAUGUAGACUGGAAAUAUUUUCCAAAUAUUCUAGAAAAAUGUGUUCCUCCUUUAUUGUCUAUUUCUUGAAAUGAUCCAAGAGUCUCUAAAAGAGGAGUUUAACACUGUAUUCAUAUUUCAUCUGUUUGGAUAGAGAUUUUUCAAAUUUCACACUAAAUUCUGUAAUCAUUGCUUAAAGGUAACUUUGAAAAUUAUCUUACUGAACUUAAGAUUUAAAAACCUUUGCUUUGAUUUUAGUGGUUUCAUGUCUACCUGUGGCUCAAUCUGUGUUUUUGCUAGCUUUAGAUAGAUGUAGCGUAGUUGAUUGGAAGAAUUCUUCCAUAUUUCUGUCCAUACUUCAGAGAUAACAACUGCAAGAGUAAAUGUCUCUUACACUUAAAUUGCUUAGUCUCUACUAAGAUAUUUGAAUAGAAGGAGAAGUAAAAAAAAGCUAAUUGUUUGCAAUAAGAGAGCUUUUUUAUGUUGUCCCUUUAACACACAACCUUUUGGGUGAUACGUAACUACUGAACAAGCAGAAUGUUAAAAUUUCUAAUUGCUGCUACUGGAGGAGUUAGUGAGAGCACUAACUUAUAUCUACUAACAUUUAAUUGUCAGAAUUGAGAGUGUAAUCUUUACAAUUGUAAUCCCAUUUGGUGAUAACGGACCACUGUUGGCCUCAUGCAGGGGCUGUCAGAUAACAGUGAUUUUAGCCAGUCGUCAGUCAAGUAUGUUAAAGUGAGGAAAGUACUACAAACACUCAAAUCAGCUCUUCAAAAGACAUGUUUUCAGAUUUAAACGGGUGGAAAACAUAGGACUCUCCUUUGUUUUGAGAUGAAUUCCUAUGUUGUAGCCAAAGUUUUAUCAGAGGACAACUUUGAAGUCUCUCUUUUGAAUGUUUCCAACCCAGAGAACGUUGUACAGGAGUAAAUUAUUUUUAUUGUUAGUCUUUCCUUGGUGCCUGUGUGGGUUUUGUGAAAAAUGUUGAAGGAAAAAAAUGUUUUCUCUCAGAAUUUUAAAUUAUAUUUUCUUUACAGGCAUUUAUAUUGUAGCAGAGAUUUUAUUGAACAGACAGAAUUUUAAAAGGCAUAAUAAAUUAUAUUGAAGAACCAGAUUUUUCUUGGGGAAGAGACAAUUUCAUCCAAUAAAGGUAUUUUUUAAAAGGCAUGUUCCAACAGCAACUGCAAUAUGUAUGUGAUGUGAUGUUAAAAGUUGUUUAAUAGUAGCAUAAUACAGUGUGUUAGCAGAGAUCAGAGUGUGUGGUCU